CUCACUCCUAGGUAACUACUCGCAACCAAUGAGAACAUUUAUGCUCGUACAAGGUUACCUAUGCAAACGUUCAUCCCAGAGUUAUUGGUAAGUGCCAAAACAUAGAACCCAUCUGCGUGUGCCCAAACUGAUGCGUGUGUAAACAAACGAUGGUGCAUCCACACAUCUGAACACUACUCUGCAAUGUGGGUGACCCUUGAGAGCGCUCGGCCAAGUGAAAAGACGGCCAAACACAAGAUGGCUCUUGUGGGAGGCUGUCCCAGGCCGGUGGGGCCCACACUCAUGACGCCUUCUAUUGCUUCGCAGUUCCCCUGGAGACGUGGUCAGCAUGACCUUGGCUGUGCACAGCGCCCGUCGCCAAGUGGCGGGUUUCGCGGUAGGCACCCUGGCCUGCAUCUUCUGCAUGAUGUCCAUGGGCCUCACCGAGUGGCGGAUGUGGUACCUGGAGCGCACGCCGAUGUCCUCCGCAGGCCUGGCCUGCAUUGGCGUAUGGAAAGUCUGCAUUUACCGCCAUAGCAGCUACUCCAAGAGAGACAUCGCCUGCCACCUGUACCACUACACCGAUGCCUACCUGCCUCUGGACAUCCAAGCCUCCCGAAACCUACUGCUGGCUGCCAGCAUCCUGGGGCUCCUGGGCAAAGGGCUGCUCGUGCUGGCGCUGCGGCACGUCUUCGUGGGCAGCCUGGACACGAACGUCACCGCCCAGAACCUCUUUCUCACUGCAGGCAUUCUGAAGGUCGCCGCCGGCACCUGUAUCUCUGUGGCCGUGGUCUGCAACUACUGCUCUGUGCUCAAGGCAGAGGGCAUUGCCUUCCCACCCUCCUUCGCCUUGCCCUUCAAGCCGCAGGCACAGGACGUGGGGAGCACCUGUGGCCUGGCGGUGCUGGCUGCCUUCAUGAUGCUGCUGAGCGGGCUGCUUUCCUGCUUCUACAGAGUGGCCCCCGAGAGCCAAGUGCAUCCUGUCGUGUCAGAGAUAUGAAAUUCCUGCUUGCUUCGGCUCCGCAAAUGCAAGAUUACCAGGUGUUUGGGGGAGUGCGAUCCAGAUGCUCUAUGAGACAUUUCCAAGGGCUGGAGACUGCAGCCAGGUGGCCCUUCACUCUAUGUGUCCAUGGGGCUCAUGGAUUGCUUAAGGCCCUUUCAUUAAAAAAAUUUAAAGGCCCCCAAAGACCACUUGCCCACCUGUCUUACGGAAUCUGAAUUUUCAUUACUGUUGAGUAAAUAGUAAGAGUUUCCGAGAACCUCACAUCUCUUACACUUUGGCUGAAAAACAACAAACCUUAUCUCAUGUGGCAUGCUAGACGCGUCUGUCAUAGAAAAUUUUCCGCCCUGGCUGGUGUAGCUCAGUGAAUUGAGUGCAGGACUGUGAACCAGAGGGUUGAGGUUCGA